AGUCAACAGUGAGUCGUCAUGGCACACACUGUGUUAAAAUAAAUUAAUAAUUUAUUUAUUAUUAAUAUUAAUUAAUUUAUAAUAACUAUUUAUUGUUUAUUAAUUAUUUAUGGAUAUUGUUUCAUUCAAAAAAGUUUACAACAAUAAACUUGCAUCAUUAUAUUUUUAUUGUCUUCCAAUGUUUAGUUAAAUUAUUUAUUUAUCUUGUGUAUUAUUAAAAUUAAUUGUUAUUAUUAAUUGUGAUUAAUAUUAUUAUUAAAAAAAUUAUAAAAUGGUUAAAUUAACUGAAGAAAUGGUUGUUGCUAGAUCACGUUUGUCUGAUCUUACUGCAAUUAAAAAAUUAAAUUGUUGGGGAUCUGAACUUACUGAUGUAAGCAUACUGAGAGAAUUAAAAAAAGUCGAGGUACUCUCUUUGAGUGUUAAUAAUAUUGAUACAUUAGCUGAUUUUCAAUAUUGCCAAAAUUUAAAAGAUUUAUUUGUGAGAAAAAAUAAUAUCACUGAUUUAAAUGAAGUAUGUUAUCUACAAAAUUUACUUAAUUUGAGAAAUUUAUGGCUUGGAGAAAAUCCAUGUGCUGAUAGCGAAGGAUACCGUAUGGCUGUGAUCAGAGCUCUUCCAACUCUUGAAAAACUUGAUGAUAAAUUUGUAACAUCCGAUGAAAUCAAUACAGCUCUUUCAAGAGGUAAAAUUCUUAUCCAUCCACUUGAGAUGGAUGCCUCUCCACUACAAUCAGAUCAUGAAAUUGUAGAAUAUAAUGAAGAGUCUCAAUCAGAGCCAAACAGAAGAUACAGUUCAUCAAGUGACCAGAGAAGUUAUGAUGAUUCUCAACAUACCCAAGAUGAGUUUAAUAACACAGACCGAAAAAAUACAAAUUAUAAUGCUUUAUCACCUCAUCAAUAUUCAUCAAACAAUCAGUACAACAACUACGAGAAUGGACAAACAAAAGUUUUAAGAGAUGAAACACGAAACAAUGGAGAUAAUAUUUCUACUAACACUAUUGAUCCUUCCAAGGAUUAUGAUGAACGACCAGUUGUAUCAAGAAACAGUGGUGAUUAUGAUGACAGACGUGGAUAUGUAAAUUACGAAAAACAAAAUGAUAAUGUUAGUCAACGAUCACAAGUAUCAGCAUCACCAAGAUCAUCUUAUCAAACACUUGAAUAUACUGACGAUAGAAGAUCUGUUGAUAGAAAUAGCUAUGAUUUUGAUGAACGACGUCAAGCUGAUUAUGAUGAUAAUAUACAAGGUCAACAUCAUCAAGGACAACCAAGACGUUCUGCAUCUGGGCUUCAUCAAAAUAUCGAGAGGCAGGAAGAUGGAAGUAGAGAAACACAUGGAUGGGUUCGUCAUUCUGAAAAAGAUAAAUGUCGUUUUCAUUAUCAUCGAAGACCAGUUACCAGGAAUUCAAAUAUAUUAUCAGCUGUACUUUGUCUUGUCAAAGAAUUGGAUUAUCCAAGCUUAGAAGUUGUUGAAAUGGCUGUUCGUAAUAGAAUGGAUGAGCUAGAAGAAUGAU